AUGUACAGCUUCAUGGGUGGUGGCCUCUUCUGUGCCUGGGUGGGGACCAUCCUCCUGGUGGUGUCCACAGCAACAGACCACUGGAUGCAGUACCGGCUGUCGGGGUCCUUGGCCCACCAGGGCCUGUGGCGGUAUUGCCUGGGCAGCAAGUGCUACCUGCAGACGGACAGCAUCGGUGAGGCUCUGGGGCAGGGUCUGGGCCAUGCCUGGGGUCAGAGCCCCCACAGGUCAGGGCUGAAGGGCCACUUGUUUUGCAGAUGGAGAACCUUAUGGCUCAGAGAGGGAAAGGGACCAGCCCAAGCAUACUGGAACGCCACCCGGGCCUUCAUGAUCCUGUCCUCCCUGUGUGCCACCUCCGGCAUCAUCAUGGGCAUCCUGGCCUUGGCUCAGCAGCCCUCCUUCGCCCGCCUCUCCCGGCCCUUCUCCGCAGGCAUCAUGUUUUUUGCCUCCACCUUUUUCGUCCUGUUGGCCUUGGCCAUGUACACUGGCGUCACCGUCAGCUUCCUUGGUCGCCGCUUCGGGGACUGGCGCUUUUCCUGGUCUUACAUCGUGGGCUGGGUGGCCCUGCUCAUGACCUUUUUCGCAGGUAUUUUCUACAUGUGUGCCUACCGGAUGCAUGAAUGUCGGCGUCUGUCCACUCCCCGCUGAGCCCAAAGUGUCCCGCAUCCACCUUCAUCUGGAAGUUAUAAUGAGGUCACUGAAGAGGAGGGGGAGGGUCUAGGGGCUGAAAUCCUGGUUCCUGGGGGCAUGAGGGGGCUCGGUCCUGGACCCUGGGUGGGGGACCCUGACUCUUGUGUCCCAAGAGGGAAAGAGGAAGAAUGGGGCCUGGUGGGAGGCAGUUGAGAGGAUCCAAGGCCCCACUCAUCAGGAAGCGUGGUUAGAGAAAUGGAAUAUGCAUUAGAGCGACUUUUUGGAAGCUAAUAAAACUGAUGUGAAACUACUAAAGUGUGGUCCCUGAGGGGCUGAGGUGGAGAGAAACAGGUGGGAG